GCCACCACCACCCAGCCUCCUUGAUGCUCAUCUCUCUCUUCUUCAUCCCUUGCUAGUGUUGUGUUUUCUUGAUACACUUAAUGAUAUGGCUGACCAAGGCAAGAGUGGUGGGGUGAGGGACUACAGGAAAGGUAAUUGGACAGUCCAUGAGACUAGUGUGCUUAUUGCUGCAAAGAGGGUGGAUGAAGAGAGGAGAAUGAAGAGAAGUGGAGAUGGUGAUGGGAGGAGCAGACCAGCUGGGCUGAGAUGGAAAUGGGUUGAGGAUUAUUGUUGGAGACAUGGGUGUUUGAGGAGUCAAAAUCAGUGCAAUGACAAGUGGGAUAAUCUGAUGAGAGAUUACAAGAAAGUAAGCGAAUAUGAGAGAAGGUUAGCUGAGAGAGGAGUUGGAGAAGAAGGGUCUUAUUGGAAGCUUGAGAAGCAUGAGAGGAAAGAAAGGAACUUGCCUUCUAAUAUGUUGCCUGAGAUAUAUGAUGCUGUGGUGGAAGUGGUAGAGAAGAGAGGUGUUCCAAGGGUGAGUGGUGGAUCAGUAGCUCCUAACAUUGGCCUUGUCAUGGAGAUGCCUAGUUCUAGUGUUCAGCCUUCAAUGCCUCCUCUAUUGCCGUAUAACACCUCAAAUCCAACUCCACCAUUACCACUACCUCCUUUAUUCUCAACCAUUGUUGUCAAAUAA